GGGGGGUGGCCGGGGCGCGGCCGGCGCUCCCAGCGGGCAGUGGCGGCGGCGGCGUGAGGGGCUCGGGAGGGUCCUGGCAGCGGGAAGAGGAUUCUGGUGGACAGUGCCUCAUCCAAGCCAUGGCCACACACCUCAGAUCGGCUGGCAGGAGCUGUGCUGUGAUCGGCGGCUCGGGCUUCCUGGGGCAGCACAUGGUGGAGCAGCUGCUGGCCAGGGGCUACAGUGUCAACGUCUUCGACAUCCAGCAGAGGUUUGAGAGCCAGCAGGUGACCUUCUUCCUGGGGGACCUGUGUGACAAGGAGGCUCUGCUGCCAGCCCUGCAGGGAGUGUCCGUGGUGUUCCACUGUGCAUCUCCAGCCCCUUCCAGUGACGACAGGGAGCUGUUCUACAGGGUGAACGUCACGGGCACCAAGGCAGUCAUUGAGGCCUGCAGAGAGGCUGGAGUGCAGAAAUUGGUGUUAACCAGCAGUGCCAGUGUAGUUUUUGAGGGCACAGACAUUAAAAAUGGCUCAGAAGAUCUCCCCUAUGCACAAAAACCUAUUGAUUACUACACAGAGACCAAGAUCCUGCAGGAGAAGGAGGUGCUCAGUGCAAACGACCCAGACAACAAUUUCUGCACUGCUGCCAUCCGUCCCCACGGGAUAUUUGGUCCCAGAGACCCCCAGCUGGUUCCCAUCCUCAUCCAGGCCGCUCGCAGUGGCAAAAUGAAGUUCAUCAUUGGGGAUGGAAAGAACUUGGUGGAUUUCACCUACGUGGAGAACGUGGUGCACGGACACAUCCUGGCUGCAGAAAAACUGCACAAAGGCUCUGCCCUGUGUGGGAAGGCCUUCCACAUCACCAACGAUGAGCCAAUUCCCUUCUGGACCUUCAUGUCCCGGAUCCUGACCGGCCUGGACUACGACCCUCCCAAGUACCACAUCCCCUACUGGCUGGCCUAUUACCUGGCCCUGCUGCUGUCCCUGCUGCUGGCCCUGCUCAGGCCCCUGGUGACCAUCAAGGCCACCUUCACGCCCAUGAGGGUGGCCCUGGCUGGGACCUUCCACUACUACAGCUGCGAGAGGGCCAAGAGAGCCAUGGGCUACAGGCCCGUGGUCAGCCUGGACGAGGCCAUUGCCAGGACAGUGCAGAGCUACCCUGGCCUGCGCCGGGCCCGGGCCUGACAGCCCUGCCUGGGGCCUCUCCUGCCUGAUUCCCAUCGUUCCGACAGCUCAGCGUGGAGCAGAUGUCACCAGCCCCAGGAACCAGGAGCUUUCCUGAACUCUCUGCUCCUCCUCCUCGCCGUUCCCCGUGUGGGAGCUGUGCUGACAGUUCAUUUCUUGGAUGUGAGUUCUUGUUUGGAAACGGCUGCUGAACUCUCUGGGCUGUGAAUAAACACCCUGCUGUGCCCUCUUCAAUCCCAAGCAGGCACACCAGCAUUCCUGCUCCCCUCCCUCCACCCUUGUCCCGUGUUUUGUUGCUCUGGUGACAGCAGCCACCCCUUGCCAGGGCUGCAGCUGGGUCACAAACACUUCCCGUGCCUGGCUCCCCUCUGGGCUUUGGCUUUGCUCUCCACAGGAGAGCCCUGUGCCAAAAAGGAGCUCUCCACUGUCUCUUAAUUCAUCACGGCUCUUUGGGUUUUCCCUCCAUGAUCAGGGGGUGAUUUGGCUUUUCCCUGAGGCAGCAGAAGGAACCCAUAAGGAGAGUGCUCCUUUGUCCAUGCAGGAUUGAUUUCUGUUCCAAAAGAGCCCAGAUAAAUCACAGAGAUGAAUUUCCAGCUUUGUGUCCACCCUCAGCACAGACAGGAUGUUAAUGAUUCCCUUUUGGGGACAGAGAUCUUUGGGAGCUGCCUGACAGCAGCCCCAGCACUGUUUUACCACAGCUCCCUUCCCACAAGGUCUGCAGAGCUGGGAGGAUCCCACAGCACCAAGCUCCUCCCUGCCCUGCCAGUGCUGCUCACAGGGAUUUUUGGUGCUCUGACCACCUAGUCCAUGAAAAAACCUCUUUUCCACAAGGAAUUGGGUACAAAGCAAUGGUCCCCAAGCUAUUUUCUGUGACUUGUAUAUUAAAUGUUCUUUGCCUUCUAA